AUGCCUUCGCCAGAAAGGGAGGAAAUCUCUGCGAUCAGCCAGGGUGACACGACUGACCAGCCUAACAUGGACGUCGCGGAGAAAAAACAGACACAGGAGAGUGAUGAGACACAAGAAAGCGUACAGAAGGUGUCAGAUGAGAACUCAGAUGAGAAAGGCGAUGAGGCUGCGACCAAGGAGGACGACGCUGCAGCCAAGGCCCGUGAACGACUAGAAAGAUUCAAAGCAUUGAAAGCCCGCGCAAAAAGUGCGACAGAUAGCAACUUGAAGGAGACUGCGGCCGAAUCCCAACGCCUUGCCACCGACCCUGCCAUGCUUUCGUCGCUGUCGCGCAAACACGCAUUUGCAUCACACAACCUUCUGAAAGCUGAUACAGAAGCCGCUGGUGAAGAUUUUGAGCGUAAACGUGCCUGGGACUGGACUAUUGAAGAGUCCGAAAAAUGGGACAGACGCAUGGAAAAGAAACAGCGCCACCGUGACGACGUACUGUUUCAAGACUAUCGCCAGGAUGCGCGCAAAGUUUACAAGCGGCAAAUGAAGCAGCUGCAACCGGAUCUGGAAGCAUAUGAGCGGGAGAAGAUGGCAGCUAUGGAGAGAGCUGCAGCCAGCGGAGGUCUCGAAAUUGUCGAAACCAACGAUGGCGAGUUGGUCGCUGUUGACAAGAACGGAACCUUCUACUCAACCGCCGAUUCCACGGAUUUUGUCGAGAACAAACCCGACCGGGCGGCCGUGGACAAGCUGGUAGCAGACCUCCGGAAAGCAGAAGAGGUUCGCCUCAAGAAGCGCCGUGAACGUCGCGGUGAGGAAGAACCGGAUGUCACCUACAUCAACGAGAAGAACAAGCAGUUCAACCAGAAACUUGCCAGGUUUUACAACAAGAAAUUCGAGACAGCUUCGAACGUGGAACAGCACUAUGAAACGGGCAGUGCUUCUAUUUUACAUGGGAAAUCUUCUCAGAAGGAAACAAAAUAUCCUUACAGGUGCCGGAUAUCUCUGCGUCGGAGCCCUACAGGCAAGCCGUCCAAACACCGACUAAAGCAUGCUCUUCCUCCAUGCUUUGGUGGCCAGAGUUUCUAUCUUUUUUAUCCCGAUCACACCGCGCGUUGCUUCGUCUUCGAUUGCCUCGACGACGGCUUGCCCUACCACGUCGACCUGGAGAGGCUUCUCCGUCAUGGCUCCCAAGAACUGGAGUUUUCCGCCUAG